AUGAUCAUCUUCUGGGUUACACUGCUUCUCCUUCAUCAGGGAUAUACACUGGUUCCAGUGACCACAGUUCAACUUGGUGAACAUGUGACCUUCACAUGUGUUUUGCCAAAAAAGUGGAACAAUGAAAAUAUUCACUGGUACAAGCAGAGUGCUGGGGGAAAUCUGAAAUUAAUUGUAUCACUUAUUACAAAUACAAACCAUGUGUAUGGACCAGAGUUUCCUACCUCAAGAUUUGAAGUAAAAGUUAAUAAGAAUAUUAGCAGUCUGACCAUUUUGUGGACAAUUCAAGAAGAUGAAGGAAUGUAUCACUGUGCAUUCAUGGACUGGAAUGUGAAUGCUUGGAGUGCAACCUAUUUGUCAUUAAAAGGAAACUCUCAGAGGACAUCAAACUAUGAUGUUGUUCAGUGGUCGACAGUGUCUGAUCCAGUCCGUCCAGGAGACUCAGUGACUCUGCAGUGUUCAGUCUUUUCUGACUCUGAGAACAAGACGUGUUCAGAAGAUCACAGUGUGUUCUGGUUCAGAGCCGGAUCAGAUAAAUCUCAUCCAGACAUCAUCUACGCUGAUGGAAACAGACAUGAUCAAUGUGACAAGAGUCAGAAACGCUGUGUUUAUCACUUCUCUAAGAACGUCAGCUCCUCUGAUGAAGGGACUUACUACUGUGCUGUAGCCACAUGUGGGGAGAUAUUAUUUGGAAAUGGAUCAAAACUGGACUUUCAAGGAACUAGUAUGUGCUCACAGACAGACCAUGCAGUUAUUUUUCUGCUCUGUGCUGUCUUGGCUAUAUGUCUGAUUGUUAUAGUCUUCCUCAUUCAUGCCAUCAUCAAGAAAAACAAGUGUGAUUGUUACAAUGCUCCUGUUGCUGUGCAAAAACACAGUGGUGGUCAGAAAAGUCAUCAGAGUGACGAGGACCUGUGGGUUUAUUCUGCUGUCGUCUUCACCGUGAUGAAAACUGACAGAGGUGCAAUAAAGGAUGCAAAAGCAGCAGAAAGAGAGAGGAUCUAUACUGCUUUCAAGACGUUUGGGUUGGAUUAGUGAGUUAACAGUCUCUUUAUCAUGAUUUGGGCCUGUAUGAUCAAGUUUAUGUUAGUCUGUUUAGAGCUAAAGAGUGUUGUACAGUAAGUGUUUAUUUGGUAAUGAGGUACAUAUUACACAUCACUUCAAUGUUUUAUUUUUUGAAACAUUUGAAAUGCACAACUUCCAUAUACCUGCUUAUUCUGUACGAUUUUCAGAGGCUGCCGAGGUCACACCUUGCAUCAAAAAAGCAGUGUUGGGUAUAGUUACUUUGGAAAGUAGUUCAUUAGGUUACAACGUUACCAUCAAUUAAAAGUAAUCUGUUACGUUACAGCGUUACCUAUGAAUAUAAGUAACGCGUUAGAGUACUCAUGUGUUACCAAAAAUUAAAAGCCAUUUGCAGCGCCUCGCACAUGCUGCAACUUAACUGACACAGACACACAGCCUCCUUUAAAUGCACCCAGAAGUCCUGACAAUGAAUCAGUCAUCCAACCAAAUUAACUCUGCAGGAUAACAAUAACAGGCAAGACACUCAGCAAUAUGCCACAUAGCGUUUUAUUAAUUAAUUAUUUUUGGUCAGAACAUAGGUAACUCCUGAAUUUUUUUUUACGUGAAUGCAGUAAACACAAUCUGAGGUAAACAGGUAGCAGAUUCAGAUUCAUUUAGAAAUUGCAGUCAACGAUCUGACAGAAAUUUGAACAGCUGCAUCUAUGUCAAACAAAAAUGAUAACAGGCCGUAUAACACAAACAAUAAAAUCGCUCACUGGCACACAGGCAAAUGACAAACAGCCUAAUAGCCGAACUAUGAAAAUACUAUUUAAGUGUCACAGGCCUACAUUCACUUUACCAUUGUCCACUUACAUUUACUCUUCAAAGUGAUUAAAACAUAGCAGAAGAUUUUCCAAACGUCCGCCGCAGAGUGUGAAUUUUACUGUUGUGUUGUUCUUGUCCUUUUUGCUGGCGAAUUGAAAAUAAUGUGCAUACACACACACACACACACACACACACACACACACACACACAGAGGUAACGUAGGUCAGCAGGGCACAGACGCAUCAUCACAGAGCUGCACUGCUGACACAUCCGCAGGUAGCACAGUACUUCUUAUCUGGAGAAAUUCUUAAAGCAACGGAUUACUUUUUUAAAAAAUAACAAAGUUACUGAUUACUUAAACCAGGAAACUAGCGCGUUACGUUACAUGUUACACGAAAAAAGUAAUUAGAGUACUCUAAACACGUUACAAAGUAACGCGUUACCCACAGCACUGCAAAUAAGGCACCUUAUGGACAGAUCCGCACUGGACUGUGAGUGAAAAUCCACACAGGUACAAGAAAAACAUACCAACUGUUAGUGAUGCAAAGAUUUUAGUCAUAAUCUUUCCCUUAAUCCAGCUACACUGCUGUCACAGUGAUACUCUUCUAGUCUUGUGUCUCUUGCAUGCAAAUGUACACGCUUAAAAGAUACAUUGCAGAGGUGCCGAGGUGGCUUUGGCGUUAAGAUGCCUAUCAUAAAGCACAAUACCCCAUAAUUUCUCCAAAAAUCUGUCAUUGUGAACUGGGUUAUUCGUAAUUUUGCAACCUGAAUAAAGAAACUUGCUGUUAACAUGGGCAUACUGAAAUCAAGUUAUGAGUGGGAGUGGGAGUAAUUGUAAAUAUGAAGUUUUACUGUUUGUACCGCAACGUUUACAGAAUUAAAUCAUGAGAGAAAAAACACCAAAAAGUAUGUUGGGGUGCACCAAUACAAUCAUUGGAUCAGUGUGGGCAUGGAUAUAUGAGGCGGAUAUGAUUCCAGUACUCAGGACUAGCUAACACCCCUAUAUCAAAACCAAUAUCAGGGAUUUCUUUCUGGUUGUUAUUCUGCUAUUCUGCUUGUUCUUUGACCACAGACACUGUCUGGGAUCAUGAUAUGUAACUCUAUGAAACUAUCACAGCAAAUAAAAAAAUAAAAAAUAAAAUAAAAAACAGCUGUUGGUUCUUCUGUAGAUUUUCUAUCACUCGCCAGAAUCAGUGAAAUCAAGCCAAUAUUUUAAUAUGACAACAAAUAUUUUGUUUGUUUAUAGAGAUGACUAUGAUAUAUAAAUGUAUAAAU